ACUGCACCGCUUGCUUUAUCCCGCCAAUUUGUUAAAAAUUAAUACCUUUGUUCUGAUCUGCCAAAUAAAAACAUUAUGAAUUCUCCAAGUGCGAGAUCUCCGCUGAAUUCUCCGAGUGCGAGAUCUCCCUCAUAUCGGCAUAUUGCUUUAAAGCACAAACAUUCUCCAAUUGAACUCAAAGAAAAGAUGAGGAAGACUUAUAAAGAUAAAGUUCAAAAUUGUCGAAAUAUGCUCCUGAACAGGCUCCGUGGCACUGAAACGGACUUACGGGAUACAUUGACUGAUAUCUAUACAAGUAUGUUCAACUUUUCUGCGGACACAACAAUCACUGAUGAAGAAAAUGAAAUUAUGGAAGAGAUUAGGAAUGAAUUGGUUCAGGAGGAAUUGCAGUGGUGGCUUGAAGAACAUGAAAAAUCACAGGCUGAGAAUGUGGACUGGUCUACAAUAGAAGAGGAAGACAAUGUGAUAUGUCCAGUGUGUCAAAAAGAUAACUUAAAACUUGACUUUGGUACUUUGACUUGUUUGCUUUGCAAAUUUAAUAUUCAAACGCAAAAGUCUUUAGUAGAAAUUAAGAAAUCCCUGAACAAUUGUAUUGAAGCACAUAGUGUUUUAUGCAAUAAUCAAGUUAUUUUUACUACUGUUUCUGAAGUGAAUGAGAGUCAUAUGUACCUAAUUUGUGACAGCUGUAUGGAAAUGCGGCUAGUUGUAUAAAAAGAUAUGGCAAAAUCUUAUACAAAAACUGACACACUUAUUGACAAAGUGGAACAGUAUUA